UCUGUAUCAGCAGUCGAUAAGAGUAUAGCAUGCAACACGUUUAACAUAUACGUCUAUAAGUUUUCUCUCUCUUUCUGUAAACGCGCAAGUAAAACAGGCAGGUGCCGAAGUAGUCCCUCCUACUAACCAUUGCACGAGCGUUAGUGCGCUAGUCAGUGGCGAGAAAAAAUGGCGGAUGUCGACUUGAACAUCGACAGCCUCAUACAAAGAUUAUUAGAAGUGUACAACACGCAGAAAGACCAGAUACAGAAGAAAGCCAAGCUAAAAGAUAUUUUCUCGUCGGAUUUUGUCGUAAGAGGAUGCAGACCGGGGAAGACAGUGACGAUGUCGGAGGGAGAAGUACGUGGACUUUGUUUGAAGUCCCGUGAGAUUUUCCUUCAACAACCGAUAUUAUUGGAAUUGGAAGCACCUCUUAAAAUUUGCGGUGAUAUUCAUGGUCAAUAUACGGAUUUAUUACGGCUCUUCGAGUACGGUGGUUUCCCACCUGAGGCUAACUACCUGUUCCUCGGUGAUUACGUUGAUCGUGGAAAGCAAUCGCUCGAAACCAUAUGUCUUUUGCUAGCCUAUAAAAUCAAAUAUCCAGAGAAUUUCUUCCUGCUGCGCGGGAAUCACGAAUGUGCUAGCAUAAAUAGGAUAUAUGGAUUUUAUGAUGAAUGCAAAAGGAGGUAUAACAUAAAGCUUUGGAAGACAUUUACCGAUUGCUUUAAUUGUCUACCAAUAGCUGCAAUUAUCGAUGAAAAGAUCUUCUGUUGUCAUGGUGGCCUCAGUCCGGAUCUUCAGAGUAUGGAGCAAAUCAAAAGGAUCAUGAGACCCACCGACGUACCUGAUACUGGUCUUCUUUGUGAUCUACUUUGGUCUGAUCCUGAUAAAGACGUUCAGGGUUGGGGUGAAAACGAUAGAGGUGUAUCAUUCACCUUCGGUCCAGACGUCGUGUCCAAGUUCUUAAAUCGACACGACAUGGAUUUAAUAUGUAGAGCUCAUCAAGUUGUCGAAGAUGGUUACGAGUUCUUUGCUAAGAGACAAUUAGUCACCCUCUUUUCUGCUCCUAAUUAUUGUGGAGAGUUCGACAAUGCUGGUGGCAUGAUGAGCGUUGACGAAACUUUGAUGUGCAGUUUCCAGAUCUUGAAACCUUCAGAGAAGAAAGCAAAGUAUCAAUACGGUGGUAUGAAUACCGGCCAAGCAGGCAGACCAUCUACACCACAAAGAAAUCCUGCGAAAAAGAAAUGACAGCCUUCUGAUCCGAACGAACAAUUAGUAUUCUCUUUAUUGACAGUGCUGAAAGCAUGAAGACGUCGAGCUCGAUCUAAUCUAUCCUAAUCCGUUAAUAUAAAAGAUAAAGUGUGCGUAAGAUUACUCUUACUUUUUAUGUUGAUUGCAUCUUAACGAGAUAAGCGGUGUAACUAAUUCACAAACGAUACGAUUAUUUCUUUUUCCCCCCUAUUUUUUUUUUCAUCGAACUAGGCGAGACUCGACGCCUACGUUCUAUGAAAAUAACUUGCAUUUUUCCAUACUGAAGAUAGUCCAAGAUAUAAUGACGCAGAGAAAUAUAAGAGACAGAUCAACUUUAUUGCAAUAACUUUGUUGUUUGUUUUCAAUUAAUUUAUUGGAGAAUUUCUCCUACGUUAUUUUCCAAUUAUAAUACAUUAUAAAAUGAUAUAUUAAAUAUUUUUUUAAAUAUAUAUAUAUAUAUAUAUUUAUUUUUUAUUUUUUUUAUAAAUAUAUAUUUAAAGUUAUUGCAAAUAAAUUGUGUUAACGAUCUCUGUGUAAUUUUGUAACCGCUGUAGUAAUUUUUGUCGAGUAUUAAUGGUUCGGAACAUUCGUUUAAGUAUUUAUUUCUUCCAUGCUUGUAUAAGUUCAAGAGAUAUCGAGAUUGAUUAAUGUCCGCGUUAUUUAGAGAUUUUUCGAUUAAUUAAUUACUACUACUAAUUUUAUUUAUUGUUAUCAUUGUUCGUCGUCCAACGUUAUCAUCGUCAUCGUCAUCGUCAUCGUCAUCGUUAUUAUCAUCAUCAUCAUCAUUAUUACCAUCAUUACAAUCAUAAUCAUCUCAUUAUCAUUAUAAUUGUUAUUCUCAUUAUAAGCAUUGCAGUUGAUUACGUAACAUAGAAUGCUGCAAAUGUACAUAGUUAGAGGUUUUAGUAGCUAUUAUGUUCUUCAUUUUUUAUUUCUCUCUUUCUAUUUUCCUUCCAAUUUUU